CUGUGUGUGCUCUGCAAUGGGCUGGAAUCCCAUCCAGCUCCAGGCCAGGUUUUCCUUCUGAGAUGAAGGAGCUUGUUUGUGUCCUUGGGACUCUACAUCUCCUGCUCUCCCCCACAGUCAUUAAAGCCUGCACCACUGGCACCAUCAAUGAAUGCAAAGAAGCUGAUUAUGUGCCCGGGUACAACUUCGCAGGGGAAGGGUUUGACAUCGUCAAGAUGGAGCGGAAGGGGGCCUACGUCAUCAACGUCAACAGCUGGAGGAAGAAGGACAAGACCUGCACUCUUUGCCCCAACUCCUACUUGGAGAACAAGGCCCAGAAGCUUCCCUUGACCGUGGUGGACUGGCGCACUCUUCCUCACUGCAAGAUGCAGGUGACCAGCAAGAUGUACGACUCCAGCGAAUCCUUUGUCAACAACAGCCUUUCUUCGGUGGAGAACAACUGGAAAGCCGGUUUGGAUCUCUCGUUGGGCACUAAGCCGGGAGGUUCGCUCAUGAUUGGUGGCACCCACUCCAAAGCUGCAAAGUACACCAUGGAGAAGUCCAAAUCAGACAAGUACACCUUCCUCACCCACGAAGUGGAGUGUGUAUUUUACAGUUACAGAGUGGUAGAUUACCCUAAGCUUUCCAAAGAAUUUUUCGGUUCCCUGAAGCGACUCCCUAAAGUGUAUGACCACAACACAAAGGAGCAGUACCGCAAGCUGAUUGACACCUACGGCACCCAUUUCAUCAGGAAAGUGAAGCUGGGAGGGAAAGUCAGGACGACAACAUCUGUUAAAAGCUGCGAGAUGGCCUUGGAUGGAUUUUCCGAAACUGAGGUGAAGGACUGCCUAGAUGUGGAGGCCUCGCUUACCGCCGGACAACGUGCCUCUGUGAAAACAGAAUAUCAUCACUGCAAGAAUGACCAGAAGACACGAGGAACUAAAGAGAGCUUCCACAGCACGUUUAGCGAGAGGCUAUCAGAGGUAACAGGCGGGCAGGUAGAAGGGGUGGACAUCCUCUUUUCUGGAGAUUCAGACCCCAAAGCAUUUCAAGACUGGGUGACGAGCCUGAAGACCAACCCAGACAUUGUCUCCUACUCCUUGGAACCCAUGCAUAACCUGGUCAGCCUGAAACAAGUCUCAAAAAAGCCAAACCUGAAGAAAGCCAUAGAGGAAUACAUCCUGGAGCAAGCCCUGUACAAGAACUGUUCCAGCAAGUGCGCCUCGGGCUCCACGCCCAGCACGAGGGAUUCCUGCAACUGUGUGUGCGAGGCCAACAGCGAAGUCAACAGCAAGUGCUGCCCCAUGGAGCGAGGCUUGGCCAAGCUCACGGUUAAAGUAGAGAAGGCUGCUGGACUGUGGGGGGAUCAUUUCAGCCAGACGGACGCCUACGUCAAGCUCUCUUAUAAGAAUCAAAACCUGCAGACCAGAGUGAUUUAUGACCAGAACAACCCUGUCUGGCAAGAGAGCCUUUAUUUUGGGACUGUAAAGCUGACCCUGGAUUCCACGGUAAACAUUGAAGUGUGGGAUGAAGAUAAAAUGUGGUACAAGUGGUGGAAUGAUAUUCUCGGGAAGUGCUCUAUAAAACUUCAAAGAGGCUCCCGCUCAGACAUGUGCACCCUCAACCACGGCACUCUGUACUUCUCUUACACUGUUGAGUGUGCCCCGGGCUUAGGCGGCACAACUUGCACAGAUUACAUCCCGUCUCCCAUGAGCCCCAGUCUGGCCAAGACAUUUGCAUCCAGGAAUGCAGUGUCCAUGUCUCAAGGCCUGCUGGACCAGCUACGCGCUGGACACUCCAUGGCGAACUCAUCAUGCUACACCUGACGCAACUCAAGAUUUCCCACACUGACCCCAGAUGUUAUACACCGGACCGCACUGCUGUGUUGGACCCAGGAUUCAGUCCACUGUCUCUCAGGCAUCUCCAAACACCUGGCCUACACUGCCUGUAUUAUCACAUGAGUAAGAGGGCCUGUCUUGCUCUCUCAGUUACUAAUUCCUCUCGUAAAUACUCCGCUUUGCAAAUGUAUUCAGAUCCUUGCUAUGAUGACUCAUUUUGAGAAAUCACAGAAUUAUGCAUAUUUUUGAAAAAAACUUAAAAAAACUGAAGACUUCUAAGGGUAAUAUAAGUUACAGUAAAUAACAGAAACAAAUGAAACGUCAAUUGUAUAAAUAUUCAGACCCGUGAACUCUAUAUUUGGUGGAAUUGCUUUUGGCAGCUAUUACAGCCGCAAGACCUUUUAGAGAAGGCUUACAGAGGGCAGUUUUCAUGUCGUUCCACAGAUUCUCCGUAGGAUUCAAGGCUGGACUUUGACCAGGCCAUUCAUGGACAUUCAUUUUAUUCUUAAGCCACUCCAGUGUAGCAUUGGCCCUGUGCUUUGGGUCAUUGUCCUGCUGAAAGUUGAAUUUUUGUCCCAACUUAAGGUUUUAAGUUGAUUUAUAUUAACAUUUGACAGCAAUUUGCUAUGUUCUAUGUUCCCACCAGUGUUGUCAGGAUUCUCAGUCUCUGCUGGUGAGAAAUAGCAUUAUAUCAUAGUGCUGUGAUCACCAUGCUUCAUCGUAGAGAUAGUGAUGGAGUGACACAUUCAGUGUGGGCAUCUUGAAGUAAUGGGAGUCAGGGUGGUGUGGUACAGUAGCUCUGUGGCUAAGGAUCUGUGCCUGUGGCUGUAAGGUUGCUGGUUCAUAUCCUGUU